AUGCUUGUUCAGGUCAGGGUCAGGCCAGUUGCAAGCAAGUCUCAAGAUGCACGUCUACCCAAUCCCAGGCAGAGCGACCAAUCGUUUCCACGCGAAGAGCUCGAGAUGGACGAUAAGGCGUCGCCUUACUUUUUGGAUCCCACACACGCCUAUGCAGCAUUUAUUUUAUGCUGGGGAUCCAUCCCAUCCCUUAUUAGACCCCGCGACCAACCUAUCUUCACUGGAACCAUUCAUCGGUCCUGGGAACCAGAACAAACCACAGAACGUUCUGACAGGAAUGUCUGUCUGGUCUUGUAUUUAUCCGGUUCAUCAGAAAAGGAAAUACAUUAAAAAAUUAAAAAAUUAAAAAAAAAAAAAAAAUCAACAAAAAUAAAGGGACCAAAGCGACAUGGGCCUUGAGUUACGUACGAGCUUUGAUUUGAUGAUGGCUCUGACAUGAAUGUUGCCCUCUCGAAUGGAUGAUUUUAUUUUUCUGGUUCUCUCUGCCUAUGCCUGAAUUCUGAUAUGAUACGUCGGGCUCAAGCAUGCUCGAUCAUCGUUAAGGAAUAGGCUUCUUCUCAAACCGAUCCUUGACCGACUGGACGGGGAGAGAGGAAAGCUAGUGUUUUAGAGGAUCUGCCCGCAGCCAGCAGGAAUAACUAAUAAUGAAGUUCCCCCUGCGAACAAAAGUAGCGGCCUUAAAACCCGAACGGAUUUUGGGGAAAUAUUAUCCUCAGAGAAAGGAGCUGGAGAAGAUUUUUUUUUUUUUAUAUUUAUUAUACCUACCCUCCUCCUCAUGAUCUUGUCUUUUCUUCAAUCAAAUUCUCCCUCUUCAACUAUAUCUUCCUGCACAGACAGCUGCAGACAGCUGCAGACCGCUAACUAUAUUAUCUCCUACACCUACAUAUAUUAGCAUCAACCCGCCCUCGAACUCCUCAUCCUCACUCUAUAUUAUCUCUAUUAUACUAUUGUUAUUAUUAUUAUCAUCUUCCUUUUAUUGUCUGAUCGGCUGUUGAACCGGUUUGACAAUUAAUUUGUUGAUAAUACUAAAAUACCAUAUAGCAGCACCGCAACCACCGCACCUCCCCGCACUGCUUGAUCUCUCCCUCCUCCAUCCAGGUCACACACACAUAACUACACACUACUUAACUACUUAACUACUUAACUGCUUAACU